AUGAAGGAAUCCGGUGUAAUUAAUGAAAAAAAUAUUGAGGAAUCAAAGGUAGCUCUAGUCUAUGGCCAAAUGAAUGAACCACCGGGAGCUCGUAUGAGAGUUGGUUUAACUGCCCUAACUAUGGCGGAAUAUUUUCGAGAUGUUAAUAAGCAAGACGUGCUUUUAUUUAUCGAUAAUAUCUUUCGUUUUGUUCAAGCAGGAUCAGAGGUAUCCGCUUUAUUUGGGAGAAUGCCCUCCGCAGUGGGUUAUCAACCUACUCUUAGUACAGAAAUGGGUUCUUUGCAAGAAAGAAUUGCUUCUACUAAAAAGGGAUCUAUAACUUCGAUUCAAGCAGUUUAUGUACCUGCAGACGAUUUGACCGACCCUGCCCCUGCCACAACAUUUGCACAUUUGGAUGCUACUACCGUACUUUCCAGAGGAUUAGCUUCCAAGGGUAUUUAUCCAGCAGUAGAUCCUUUAGAUUCAACCUCGACUAUGUUACAGCCUCGGAUCGUUGGCAACGAACAUUAUGAAACUGCGCAAAGAGUUAAGGAAACUUUACAACGUUACAAAGAACUUCAGGACAUUAUUGCAAUUCUUGGCUUGGAUGAAUUAUCGGAAGAGGAUCGUUUAACUGUAGCAAGAGCAAGAAAAAUUGAGCGUUUCUUAUCACAACCGUUCUUUGUGGCAGAAGUUUUUACUGGUUCUCCAGGAAAGUAUGUUGCUCUUGCGGAAACUAUUAGGGGAUUUCAACUAAUCCUUUCCGGAGAAUUAGACGGCCUACCUGAACAGGCUUUUUAUUUGGUGGGUAACAUCGAUGAAGCUAGCACGAAAGCUAUAACCUUAGAAGAGGAGAACAAAUCGCAGAAAUGAAAUUAAAUCUUUAUGUACUGACUCCUAAGCGAAUUAUUUGGGAUUGUGAGGUGAAAGAAAUCAUUUUAUCCACUAAUAGUGGCCAAAUUGGCGUAUUACCAAACCACGCCCCCAUUAACACAGCAGUAGAUAUGGGUCCUUUGAGAAUACGCCUCCUCAACGACCAAUGGUUAACAGCGGUUCUGUGGAGCGGUUUUGCGAGAAUAGUUAAUAAUGAGAUCAUCAUUUUAGGAAAUGAUGCGGAACUGGGUAGUGAUAUUGAUCCGGAAGAAGCUCAAAAGGCACUUGAAAUAGCCGAAGCUAACUUGAGUAAAGCUGAGGGUACGAAAGAUUUGGUUGAAGCGAAGCUCGCUCUCAGACGAGCUAGGAUACGAAUCGAGGCUGUCAAUUGGAUUCCCCCAUCCAAUUGAAGACAAUCCAGUGGUUUAUAGUUGAUACAAAGAAAAAGGGAAGAGGGGUAGAAAAAGUUAUUAGAUAGCGAAGCGAAGUAAGUCCAAUGCUAUCUAGUAAUUUUUCUACCUACUUACCUACUAUUGGAUUUGAACCAAUGACUCCCGCCGUAUGAAAGCAAUACUCUAACCACUGAGUUAAGUAGGCAAUUUAUCACCACAAAGGAAGACCCAUUACUUCGAUCGAUUAUAUAUUGAAUCCCUUUUCUAAGCAAUACCGCUCUGUUAUUGGUCUGUUAUAUACUAAAUACUAAACUAAAUACUAAACAGAUACAGAUCAAAGGGGUAUCCUCUGGCAUUAGAAAAUAUUCAUCUUGACAAGAAAUUAUCUAUAUGUUAAGAUAUCUCUGAUAAGGGCUAUAGCUCAGUUCGGUAGAGCAACUCGUUUACACGUGCGCCAAUGCUUUUCAAAGGAGCUUAUUAUGCAAUGAACAUAAUCGAUCUUAUUGCAAAAUCAAUGUCUUACUUCAUAGAUUCGAGAGAAUAGGAGAACAGUAGCCUGACAAACAGUCGGUUCAGUCCGAUUCAGGUGCCAAUUCAGGUGCCUAAUCAAAUAGAACCCUUAUGGAUUUGCUAGUUGAUAAGGUAAAUAUCCAGCCCACUAAAUGCUAGGCGUAAUGAGGAUAAGGGCCUCCAAAAAACUUCUUUUCGUUCUAUGAACUUUAAGGUGUAUGAAGUCUCAUAGUUAACUCUUGCAGUGGAACGAUAGAGACUCCAUUUCACUUAGGUUGAUUUAAUUUAGACCGGAGGCAGACCUAAGUCAAGGUAAUCCUCCUUUGAAACACUUUGGUAUUGCUCCUAGAUAGAUCAUAAUAAAAAAAAUCAAUCAGAGCACAGGGAGCCAUCUCAUUAUCUUUCCGUAAAGAAAAAGUAUGGUGGACUAACUGAUCUUUAAAUCAGUUUAUGAAAGAGCCCAAUGCAAAAAAAUGCAUGUUGGGUCUUUGAAACAGUUCAAAUCAUUUCGAUAAUAAUCCGUUUGAUCUGUUUUAC